AGACUCCUUAAUAUCCAUUUCAGGCCCCACUAGGUGUAGCGACCCUCCGCAGCGUCUUACAACCAAAACUGCACAUGUUUUUAUAGGUUUAAUUUCCUUUAAACUCACCACUCAACAGUUUCUCAUUUGCUUGUUGUCUUUCUUGAAACAUAAAAAAUGCCUUCACUUGUUCAAUUCCUUCCUCUAUUUCCUUUCUUUUUCUUGAUUUCUUUCUGUGUUUCUCAUGGACCCUUUUUACCAAAAGCCAUAAUUCUCCCUGUAAACAAAGAUCCCUUCACUUUCCAAUAUGUGACACAAGUCUACAUGGGCACUCAUCUUGCCCCCAUAAAGUUAGUUGUAAAUCUUGGUGGUUCAUUUCUUUGGGCUGAUUGUGGCUUAACAAGUCAAAAACUUGUACCUUGUAAUUCACUAAAAUGCUCUAUGACUAAGCCUAAUGGUUGCACUAACAAGAUUUGUGGUGUGCAACAAGAAAAUCCCUUUACAAAAGUGGCUACAACAGGGCAAUUAGCAGAGGACAAUUUUGCUGUGGAAUUUAUAGAUGAGUUAAAAACAGGUUCAAUUGCUUCAAUUCAUCAAUUCUUGUUUUCUUGUGCAUCAACUAGUUUGUUACAAGGACUUGCUAGAGGUGCUAAAGGUAUGUUAGGCCUUGGAAAUUCAAGAAUUGCAUUGCCAUCUCAGUUGUCUGAUGCAUUUGGUUUUCAGAGGAAAUUUGCUCUUUGUUUAUCUGAUUCAAAUGGUGCUAUAAUUUCUGGUGAAAGUCCUUAUUUGUCACUUUUGGGUCAUGAUGUUUCAAGAUCCAUGCUUUACACACCUUUGAUUUCCUCCAAAGAUGGUGUUGCAGAAGAGUAUUACAUUAAUGUUAAAUCCAUCAAGAUUAGUGGCAAGAAAUUGUCUUUGAACAUAUCUUUGUUUACAAUGGAUGAAGAAGGUCAUGGAGGGACAAAGAUUAGCACAAUUUCCCCUUUUACAACUCUGAAGAGUUCAAUUUAUGAGAAAUUUGUUGAGGCAUAUGAAAGAUUUGGUAUUUCUAUGGGAUUGAUUAAGGUAGAGCCCGUAGCACCAUUUGGGCUUUGCUUUAGCGCAAAGGGGGUAGAUUUGACAAAAGUAGGACCGAAUGUGCCAACUAUUGAUCUAGUAUUGCAAAGCGAGAUGGUUAAGUGGAGGAUAUAUGGGAGAAAUUCAAUGGUGAAGGUAAAUGAUGAAGUGAUGUGUUUGGGAAUCUUGGAUGGAGGGGUGAAUCAAAAAGCAUCAAUUGUUAUAGGGGGUCAUCAAUUGGAGGAUAAUCUAUUGGAGUUUAACUUGGGGAUUUCUAUGCUUGGAUUUACUUCUUCAUUAUCAAUGUCAGAAACAAGUUGUUCUGACUUCAUGUUCUCAAAGGAUGAAGCUUUUGAUUCUUGACUUGGACUUGGACAAAAUCCUUAACCCAAGAUUUUGAAUGCUAGAUUCCAACUUGUAUAGUUGUCUUAAGAACAUGUAUUGGCUCUUUUAUAUAAUCAUGACUUGGCCAAUCAUAGAAUAUUAGAGUACUAGUUUAUUGUGAGAGUACUCUUUAUUGUGAGGAGAGAUUGUUGGUUCUGGUUGAGUGAGUGUUUCUUGACUCACUUUGAGUCGUCCCAAAGCUAGGAGGCAUUCUGGCGGACGCAUCCGUGAGAAAGUUUUGAUAUGUAAGAACUGAUUUUUAACUUCCAGAUUAAAGAAUGUAUUUAUUCUAAA